CGGUGUGUUUAACAGAGACUGAAGCACACGGAGAAACGGUGUGUUUAACAGAGACUGAAGCACACGGAGAAACAGUGUGUCUUACAGGAAGUGGUGAUUUAGUAAACAUGAGUGUUGUGCUGCUCUCGUUGGUGAAGCAGCGACUCACUGCGGCUGCUGAAGACAUCUUUGUUCUGUUUGAAAGAACGAUAGCAGAGUACGAGGAGGAACUGUCUCGUUCAAAACAGGAGAACGAGAGAUGCCGGAAACUACUGGACGCUGUUUUACAGCCUCAGCUUCAGAUCCACAGAGCAGACGUCCAGCAGCUGGUGGUGGUUAAAGAAGAGGUUCCCCCUGAGCAGCAGGAGUGGAGCUCCAGUCUGGAGCAGGAGGACCCAGAGCCCCCCCCACACAUUAAAGAGGAGCAGGAGGAACUCUGGAUCAGUCAGGAGGGAGAGCAGCUUCAAGGGCUGGAGGAGGCUGAUAUCACCAAGUCCACAUUCACUCCUGUCCCUGUGAAGAGUGAAGAUGAUGAAGAGAAACCUCAGUCCUCUCAGCUUCAUCAAAGACAAACUGAACACCUGGAAACAGAAGCUGAUGGAGAGGACUGUGGAGGACCAGAACCAGCCAGGAACUCAGAUCCAGAGAGACAUUUACAACCUGAGACUGAGGACAACCCUGGAGACUCUUCUGAACCUGACACUGAAAACUCUUCUGAACCUGACACUGAAGACAGGGCUGAUUGGAAGAAGACCAGAGAACCAGGUUCAAACUCUCAGAGAAAUAAACAAGACCCUGUCAGUGAUUCAAGACGUAGUGCAGGAGAGAAAACAUUUGGCUGCUCUUUGUGUGAGAAAACGUUUACACAGAGAGGAAAUUUAAAUCGGCACAUGAGAAUCCACACAGGAGAGAAAACAUUUGGCUGCUCAGUUUGUGAGAAAUCUUUUGCACAGAGAGUAUAUUUAAAGAAACACAUGAGACUCCACACAGGAGAGAAACCAUUCAGCUGCUCAAUUUGUAAGAAAUCUUUUACAGAGAGAGGAGAUUUAAAGAAACACAUGAGAGUCCACACAGGAGAGAAACCAUACAGCUGCUCAAUUUGUAAGAGAUGUUUUGCAGGGAUUGGAGAUUUAAAGAAACACAUGAGAAUCCACACAGGAGAGAAACCAUUCAUCUGCUCAAUUUGUGAGAAAUCUUUUGCACAGAGAGUAUAUUUAAAGAAACACAUGAGACUCCACACAAGAGAGAAACCAUUCAGCUGCUCAAUUUGUAAGAAAUCUUUUACAGAGAGAGGAGAUUUAAAGAAGCACAUGAGAGUCCACACAGGAGAGAAACCAUACAGCUGCUCAAUUUGUAAGAGAUGUUUUGCAGGGAUUGGAGAUUUAAAGAAACACAUGAGAAUCCACACAGGAGAGAAACCAUACAGCUGCAGUGUUUGUGACAAAAGAUUCAACCGGAGUCAUCAUAUCAAAUUCCAUAAGUGUGUUGGUCGUCAGUCCUCACAGCUUCAUCAAACUGAGGAGAACAGAGAGGCCGAGCCUCCAGCCAGCAGCUCAGCUGAACACCUGGAAACAGAAGCUGAUGGAGAGGACUGUGGAGGACCAGAACCAGCCAGGAACUCAGAUCUAGAGUGUUAGAGCCAUUUUCCUUUUGUUAUUAUUGUCUGAAUGUUACGCUUAAUAAUAAUAUCAAUUAGAAUAAACUCUCACUUAUCAGGUAUUUUUGUGAGUCACACUAUGGUUUAAAAUGUAUUAAUUUAAGGCUCACUUAUUUGUUAUGAUAUGUGCGUCAGUCUCACGUGCAUGGGUAUAUGCCUAUAUACGGUAGGUUGUUGGACACAGCUGAUGGUGAUGGGACGGGGAAGCGGAAAAGUAUUUUGACCGUGUUCUUUAUGUUCUUUUUGAGACGGAUAACUUUAUUUUACUAUGAAGCGAAGAAAUGUGCUCCUGUUUGUAUGUCAUCUGGACCAUUGAAUAAAGCUCAUCUAAUUCAACAAUCUCCGCUGAAUUGUUUGGAAACAAAGAGAGGCGCGUCAAAACCCACAACCCCGACAGAGGUGGCUAUUAAAUGUAGACUAGGAUUAAAACGCCACCACAUUUAGUCAAAAGACUACGCAAGCUGUGGAUUAAACUUCGAGGGACAAGCACAGGAUUCGUGUGGAUUUCAGCUCUGCUUUGGAAACAGCGAGCGGACGUUAAAGGAAUGUUUGGCACAAAAACAGGAUUCACGAAGAACUGUUCUUGGAAAUAUUAAUGACUUUAUUUCAUGUGGAUUAAUUAAAGAAAAAGAAACAAUGGAUCCUGAUAAUCCUCCAGCUGAUGUUGCGGCAGCAGAGGAGAGAUUUAAAACUCUCAGCCAAUCGCGAAGAGGAAAACUUGGAGCAUGCACCCGCAGAAUGAAUGAAAUUAAACCAUUACUGGUGCGAGGUGGAAAUAUGGAAAAGGUGGAUGAAGCUGUUGCAACGUUCAAGAUGUUACUCAAUGAAUUGAUGGAGUGUCAUGGACUUGUUCAAAGGCUUUUAUCUGAGGAAAUCAGGGAAACUGAGAGAAUGGAUUGGUAUGAACCAAACAUGUCUGCAUUCAUGAAUUUCUUUCAGGAUGUGGAAAUGUGGAAAAGCUCUCAAAAGGAUCCUCAGACACUGAUUGAACCCCAUGAUAGUGUGUCCAAUGCAUCAGCCAGGAGGAGCUCACCUGGUUCAAAAGCAGGAUCAGCAACUUCUUCUGCUUCCUCAACCCACCUCAAAGUGGCCACAGAAAGAGCUGCCCUCCCUGCCCGGGCAGCAGGAUUAAAAUAAAAGCAUGCAUUUGAAAUGGAAAAGGCUCAACUGCAAGCUAGAUCCGAACGAAUGGAAAUGGAAGUGAGCCUAGCUGAAUCUGAUGCAAACAUGAAAGUCCUGGAGCAUUUUGAGACUGGUUCACAAAAUCCAACACGAGCUAAAUAUGAUGGCAUGAAUGACUAUUUAAAAAGCUACAGAGUAAAAUCAGAUAUGUCAAUGGAUGCAGAGCCGUCUCCAAUUACCUUUGCUGAGUUUGGACCUAUUCCCAAAACACCACUUCAAAGGCUUCUAUACCAACAACCCAGACCACCAGAAAAUAUUGGUAAUACAAACCAAAGCCCUCAACACACAGCUAGAGAAGCAGGAAUUACAGGGACAAAUAAUAAUGUAUAAUAACAAUUUCCUGACUGUGAUGCAGAGACAAAAUGACAUUGUUAAUUUACUUGGACUUCAACAAAAACAAACAUCACUGCCCAGCAGGGAAAUCCCAGUUUUUGAUGGCAAUCCCCUGAAUUAUCAAAUAUUUAUGAGGGCAUUUCAACAUGGCAUUGAGGAGAAAACCACCAGUAACCAGGAUCGAUUAUAUUACCUGGAACAAUAUACUUCGGGAUCCUGCAGGGAACUGGUGAGAAGCUGCCUUCAUAUGGAUGCUAACAGUGGCUUUGCUGAAGCUAAGAGACUGCUAAAGGUGCUUUUUGGAGAUGUACUCAAGAUAGCAAACGCAUAUAUGGGAAAAGCUCUCAACUGGAACACUAUAAAGGCAGAGGAUGCCAACUGAGGUCAAACAUCCAAUGAUUCUACUUAAACAUUCUCAUAUUUCCAAGUUGAUACUAAGCCGCAUACAUCAUCAAGUUGGUCACUCAGGUCACAUGCCCUCCAAACUCCUUCAACGUUACUGGCUAUCAGCUGCUAACUCUUCAGCCAGGAGGCAGGUGCAAUACCUUGCUGACCUGUUUUGGAAGCGCUGGACCAGGGAAUACCUUCCUUUGGUGCAAGAACGGCCCAACUGGAAUACUAUCAAAAGAAACUUCACCCCCGGAGACCUGGUCGUCAUCGUUGAGAACGCACCGAGGAACACUUGGCUCCUGGGACGUGUAGUUAAGACCCUUCCUGGUUCAAAAGGACUUGUUAGGAGUGUCCUGGUUCAAACCAAGACUAGUACCAUUGAAAGACCCAUAACUAAGUUGUGUCUGCUCCUGGAGGCAACAGACUGAGCCUACUAAGCCUUAGCCUUUCAGUCACGUGCACCUCUGACUGUUAGACCAAAGGACUAGACUCUUGGUCUCCUACCCCAUUACAGACAAUUAGUACUAGACCUACACACUCAGUACUGGUCUUACAUGGACUUGAAAGUAUACAAUAUACUAUGGACUUGAGUAUACAAAUAUGCUCCGGAUGGAUGUUAUAUGUUUUGUUAAAAUGACUCUGUUGAUAUAUUAUUAUUGGUAAUUGCUAUGUAAUAAGCAAUUAGGGGCUGGUAUGUUAGAGCCAUUUUCAUUAUGUUUUUAUUGUCUCAAUGUUAGGCUUAAUAAUAAUAUAAAUUAGAUUAAACUCUUAAUUAUCAGGUAUUGUUGUGAGUCACACUAUGGUUUAAAAUGUAUUAAUUUAAGGAUCACUUAUUUGUUAUGAUAUGUGCGUCAGUCUCACGUGCAUGGGUAUAUGCCUAUAUAUGGUAGGUUGUUGGACACAGCUGAUGGUGAUGGGACGGGGAAGCGGAAAAGUCUUUUGACCGUGUUCUUUAUGUUCCUUUUGAGACUGAUCAUUUUAUUUUACCAUGAAGCGAAGAAAUGUGUCCUCCUGUUUGUAUGUCGUCUGGACCAUUGAAUAAAGCUCAUCUAAUUCAACAACGAUCUAAGUGUAAUACGUCUUACCUUUGCUGUGUUCUGAUCAAAAGUUCUGUU